AUGUAAACAGACUAGGUCGAACGACUUAUGCGAUCUAAAGGCAGCCAAUAUAUCCCUAGAAAUAGCUAGGCUUCAUCUCCCUAUGUGAGAUAGGUCCCACUAAUGAACAGUCAAGCGCAUAAUUAUUUGCCUGCGUAUUCGAUAUAAAGAGUCUAAACUUAAUCUACUCAUUCAGCUAUAACUCCAUCAACAGAGAGAAAUAACACUUAAUUUAUUUCCAAAAUGCAAUCUUCUUGUUAGCAAUAAUCUGUGUCCCCCAUUAAAGUAAUUUAAUUGUCAACAGAAAGAACUCAAUAAACUUAAGAUCAAAACGAUGUACAACGGAUUGAGAAACCUUUGCUAGUGGUCUCUGUAUCGGAUAUGGAAAAUAGAUAUAAAUAGAAAUUAUUGCAAUUGGAAUAGUUGAUCAACAGAUUAUAGAUCGAGAACCAAAGAUUGAGGAUUAGUGAACAAAAUCUUAAGUCUAUGGAUUAUAUGACCAGAAUUAAUGAAUUGGAACAUAUGGUUAAGAAUUUUGAAGUUUAAGAGGAUGGGUUAAAGAAUGAAAUUUAACGAUUAAAAUAAGAAUUAUUUGAAUCAAGGGAAAGUUUUACUUUAUUAUAAAAAUAAUUACAGAAUAAGAAUGGCAACAACGAAGAAAUUAGAUAAUUGAAAAAGUCAAUUCAACAAUUUGAAAUGGACAAUAAAGAAUUCUAAAAACAUUUAAGUAAUAAGGAUGCAGAGAUAAUGAAAUUAAGAAAUAUUUUAAAUGAAAAAGAAAAUUGGAUAGAUUAAUUAAAUGAUUAAAUCUCAGAAUUAUAAAUGGUCUAAGAAAACUAUUCAAGAGUUGAAACAACUGUUAUCUCUUUACAAGGAGAAGUUGAUGUUUGGAGAAGGAAAUUUAAGGAAAAGAAUGAGGAGGCUUCAGAACUCAGUGAAAAGUUAAUAAUGGCAGAAACAUCACUCGAAGCAUUAAAAAAGAGAUAAAUUACUUAAAUUAAGGAAGUCAAUAUUACAAAAAGUAAUAGUAAGACCAGCAACAACAUGAUUUAAUCAGUGGAUACAACUAAUAGAUUGAAUAGAGGAUCUUAGUACUCUUAAAGAUAAUAACUAUGA